AAGGCAGCCGUGGCCGUCUUCCUCACAAUCGCCCUCGCCAACGCCAUAGAGCUGAUUGUCCUCAUCUUCUGGACCUUCCACCGCUACAGAGGGCUCUACUUCUGCUCUCUGGUUGUGUCUGUCUCGGGGGUCAUCUUGAACUCAAUCGGCUCCAUCCUCCACUACUUCAACUUUGGUCCUCUGUGGCUGGGUCUGCCACUGUUGUAUACGGGAUUUAUGAUCAUGGUGCCACCCCAGUCACUUGUUCUUUAUUCCCGGCUGUACCUGGUCUUUUACAAUGAUAAAGUCCUCCGCGGUCUUCUCAUUUUCAUCAUCAUCGCUUUGGUUCUCCUGCUCACCCCUGAUACGGUGAUAACCUACGUCGCCGCCGCACUGCGCACGCCACCCGCGAAUCUCGCAUACAACAUCAUCGAGCGCUACCAAGUUACCGGCUUCUCUCUGCUCGAGAUUUCAUUGUCUAUCUUCUAUGUCUACGCCACCGCCAAGCUGCUCCGACACAGCCCCGAGGGCAAACCCCGGAUCAAGCAGAUCCUGUACGAGCUGCUGGCAAUCAACUUCAUCACGAUAGGACUCGACGUCACCUUCAUCAUCUUGCAGUUCAUCAACCUCAACUACCUCCAGAUCACCCUCAAGCCGCUGGUGUACAGCAUCAAGCUGAAGCUGGAGUUUGCGAUCCUGGGCCGGCUGGUG